AUGAAUGAAACUGAAAAAUGUGUAAUAAUUAUAAACACACUUCUUUCAUCUAAUCAAUUUAUUGAACCAUAUAAAACAACUUUAGAAGAACAAUACAUUAUUCCUUUAUUAGCAUCUAGGAAUACUGUUGUUAUUGCAUUAUUUAUUAUGUUAAAUCAUUUUAUGGAUGAUUUAAUUGAAUUACUUCCAAUGAUUAUUGAACAAUUUUGGAAUGAUACUAAUCAAAUGAUUCAUUCUAGUUUAUUAGAAACACUUAUUAGAUGUAUUAAUGAAAAUGGGAUAGAAAAAGUUGAAUCAAAAUUAGAAGAUUGUAAUACAAUACAACAUGGUUCAUUUCAAUAUCAAUCAGUUGCUUCAAAUGAAAUUACUGAAAUUUUUCAAUUUCAUUUUGAUCUUUAUGUUGAUUCAAUAAUCCCUCGUUUACUCAGUGAAGAACUUAAUAAACUUAGAUUAUCAAAAAGAAUUAAAAUUAUUAUUAUUAAUGGAGUAAUUGAUAUGAUGAAAAAUGACAUCUUACUUGAUCCAAUUGUAUUAAGUAGAACAAUUAUUAUAAUAUGUAGGGAAAUGCCUGAAUAUUUAGAUGAAUUAAUAAUAUAUUGUCAUUCACGUGAUGAAAUCGUUGAAGAAGCAUUAUUAUCAGCUCUUCUUCAAUUAGUUCAAUCAAAAGAAAUCAAUGAACUUCUUUCAAUUAUCAAAUAUUUUAAUCAAAGAAAAAUUAUUAAAGGAAAACGAAUGUUUAUAGGAAUUAUUGGUGAAUUAAUAAAUGGACAUUCAAAUACAACUAAACUUGUUUUUAUGAAAUUAUUAAAUGAAAUUACAGAAUGGGGAUACGGUUGGGAGUUACUUAGAGGAAUUGGAAGUGUAGUAUUAAAUAGUAUAAAAUUUAAAGGAGAACUUGAAAAAGAACGAAUAAAAUGGUUAUUAAAUGAAGAAGAAACAAGAAAAGAAGAUGUAGAAACAAUUCCUCAAACACAAUUUUCAUUAUUAUAUGAUUCAUUAUUUCAUUUCUAA